GCGCCGAAGAUCGUGGUGGCCCUCUACGACUACAACGCCACCGAGCGGGGGGACCUGUCGCUGCGGAAGAAUGAAGAAUUCGAGGUGCUUGAGCAAGAUCAGGAACACUGGUGGAAGAUGAGAAAUAGACAAACUGGAAUGGAAGGGUUUGCUCCCAGCAAUUACGUCAGAGAGCUAGGAACACCUGAUAUACAACAGUAUGACUGGUACCUGGGCGACGCGACGAGACAGCGCGCGGAGGUGUUCCUGAUGCAGCAGGAGCGGGAGGGUUGCUUUGUGGUGCGGAACUCGACCACGAACUCUGGCGUCUACACCCUCUCAGUGUAUACGAAACAGCUUAGGUCUCAUCCGCAAGUAAAGCACUACCACAUCAAGAAGGACCCGGAGGGAAACUAUUACCUGUCGCAGAACAUCAAGUGCAAGACCAUUCCCGAGCUCAUCUACCGACACCAGCACAACCCCGGGGGCAUCUGCGCCAGACUGCGACCGCCCACCCUCGGGAGGACUGCGCCAGCCACUGCGGGGCUCAGCCACGAUAAGUGGGAGAUUGACCCCUCGGAGCUGAAUCUCCUGGAGGAGCUGGGUUCCGGGCAGUUCGGCGUGGUGCGCCACGGCAAGCUCAAGUCCUUAGAUGUGGCCGUCAAGAUGAUGAAGGAAGGGACGAUGAGCGAAGACGAAUUUAUUGAAGAAGCGAAAGUCAUGACGAAAUUACGACACGGUAAUUUGGUUCAGCUGUAUGGAGUGUGCAGUAGACAACGCCCAAUAUACAUCGUAACGGAAUACCUGCGCUAUGGAUCCUUGCUACAAUACCUUCGUAACAAAGAAAGAAUCCUAUUAAAUAAUACUGAUGUUCUUUUAGAUAUGUGCUUGCAGGUUUGUAGUGGAAUGGCUUACCUUGAGAAGCAGAAGUUCAUUCAUCGUGAUCUUGCAGCAAGAAAUUGUCUUGUGGGAGCUCACAAUGAAAUUAAAGUUGGAGAUUUUGGUUUAGCUAGGUAUGUUGUGGAUGAUGAGUAUACUGGUUCAGGAGGUGCUAAGUUCCCAAUCAAGUGGGCAGCUCCUGAAGUGCUAAACUUCAUGAGAUUCUCCUCCAAGUCUGAUGUCUGGGCCUUCGGUGUCUUGAUGUGGGAAGUUUUCACCUGCGGCAAAAUGCCUUAUGGCCGAAUGAAGAAUGCCGAGGUUGUUGAUAUGGUGCAGCAUGGAAGAGUUCUGGAAAAACCUAGAUUUUGUCCUAGCGAUGUGUAUAACGUAAUGCAACAGUGCUGGAAUGCAAAUGCUGAGAAUCGACCUUCAUUUAAUGAAAUCCUCAGGAUGUUCCAAGAUGAAUGACUUUCAUCAAACCUUGCCCCCCAUCCCUCAGCUCAUACCGAGUAGAUAGUCUGAUUUUUAGAAUCUUAUCUUGUAUACUAAAAACUAAAAAUGACAGCUUCCAAUAUCAUUGGUAUUUUUUUAUGAUGGCUUGUGAUAG